AUAGAAUGAUUGACAGGAAAACGAACCAAUGAGGUUAGCCCACAGCGAUAAUGGGCGGGGUUAAACAACCAAGUUAAUACUCGAAAGCACGCUGCUAUAGAAACCGAUUUGGAAGACGCGCUGUAAGAGAUCCUAUGAUUUGAGGGCGUUACAAAGUUUAUAUUCAGGCUUCACCAUUACGUUAUAAGGACUGUUCCAGGCUGUUCAGUGCUGUUCUAUAGGACGCAGUGCUGCAUUGAGAGUACGACUGGCUCAUACUACAUUCAUCUCAGGGAGACCAGCAGUGUGCUGUGUUUAUGUCUUUGUUGGACGAAAACGCAGACUAUUCGUACGUCAGGAGCUGCGGAUGGGAAAGAGCUGUUGGACAGCUGCUGGAACCUGUGUGUGGGGAACUUAGCCUACAGGGUUGCCAUUUAGAGCCUCGGUGGCCAAACUACUUUCAUGUCAGAGACAGAGUCUUCUUGCAUUCGUUUAUGUCAUCCUUUCCUUUCGGGACAGACAGUACGAAAAAUCGUCACUUCAAGAACUCAUCAUCUUUCUGAUAAAUCCUAUACUAAGCCACAAUGUCUGUCAACGUCAAUCGUAGCGUUACAGACCAGUUUUACCGGUACAAGAUGCCUCGUUUGAUCGCUAAGGUGGAAGGCAAAGGGAAUGGAAUUAAGACUGUAAUCGUGAACAUGGUUGAUGUUGCGAAGGCAUUGAACAGGCCUCCAACUUAUCCAACCAAGUUUUUCGGAUGUGAGCUGGGAGCCCAGACCCAGUUUGAUUCGAAGAACGACCGUUACAUUGUCAACGGGUCUCACGAAGCAAACAAGCUGCAAGACAUGCUGGACGGAUUCAUUCGCAAGUUUGUGCUGUGUCCGGAGUGUGACAAUCCUGAGACUGAUUUGCAUGUCAAUGCCAAAAAGCAGACCAUAGGAAACUCCUGCAAGGCCUGCGGAUACCGAGGCAUGCUGGACACCAGGCACAAACUCUGCACCUUCAUUCUCAAAAAUCCACCUGAGAAUGAGAGUGGUUCUAUCAAGAAGGAAAAGGAGAAGAAAAACCGCAAAAAAGACAAAGAGAAUGGCUCAAGCAGCGGUGAGACCGGAAACCGUAAGGACAUAGAUGCCCCUGAUGCUGUGGACGGAGAUGAUGAUGAUGAAGAUUGGGCUGAAGAGACAACCGAGGAGGCACAGCGUCGUCGGAUGGAGGAAAUCAGCGAGCACGCUAAGGUCCUGACGCUAAGCGACGAUCUGGAGAAAAGCUUAGAGGAAAGGGUCAACUUGUUCUACAAUUUUGUGAAGCAAAAGAAGGAGCAGGGACUGAUCGUCUCCGCUGAUAAAGAAAUCCUGGCUGAAGCAGAGCGGCUCGAGGUGAGGGCCAUGGGGCCGCUCAUUUUAAGUGAGCUUCUCUUUGAUGAAAACAUCCGCGACCAGAUCAAGAAAUACAAACGCCAUUUCCUUCGAUUUUGCCACAAUGACAAAAAAACUCAGAAGUACCUCCUGGGUGGCAUCGAGUGUCUGGUGAAGCUCCAUCAGAGUCAGCUGCUGCCCCGCGUCCCCAUCAUUCUCAAAGACCUGUAUGAUGCCGACCUGCUGGAAGAAGAAGUCAUUCUUGCAUGGGCCGAGAAGGUCUCCAAAAAGUACGUGUCUAAAGAACUCGCUGCAGAGAUCCAUGCCAAGGCUGAGCCCUUUGUGAAAUGGCUGAAGGAGGCAGAGGAGGAGAGUGAGGGCAGUGACGAGGAGGAAGCGGAAGACGAAGACAAUGUGGAGGUGGUGUAUUCCUCUUCUGCACGUGAGCUGAAGAUGGAAACUACAAAGCCGGUAAAGGCUGAUAAGGAAGAGGAGGAUAUCGAUAUUGAUGCCAUUUAAAUAAUAAUAAAAAAAACAUAAAGUAAUGAAGCUGCCUCUUGACACUUUGCAAUGCUUGUUAAACUGUUCCUGCUCUUCAGCUGUAGGCCUGCGUCAGUGCUGUACUAGAACGCCUUAUUUCAGUCAAUAUUUGAAUUUGUUGCCAUUGUAUUUAUAUGCAUGGAUAUGGAUUGGGAGUGCUUUAAUCAUGUUCCUACCCCUUCCCACCCCCAUUGUAUUUUUGAGACUAUUAAAGAAUGUUUGCCAGUGAA